AUUUGGAUUGUCAUUUGCAGGCUAGCUCUCUGAACACCUCAAACUGCUUAGAGUUUCUAGAUGCUCUCAAGGCAUGGCUAGAUAUUCCAUCUUGUUUUUCAUCCCACUGAGUAUUCUGAUUGACAAGAGCCAAUCCUGUGUCUGUGACCAUUACUCAGUGUGGACUCAGUGGUCCAGCUGCUCACAAACUUGCAAUUCUGGAGUCCAGCGUAGACACAGAAAUAUAAUAGACUAUGAGUUAUAUAGGAGGAACUUUUGUAACCAAAUUUGCAACAAGGAGGAGUUCCGACAAUGUAACCAGCAACCUUGUCACAUCAACUGCCUCCUGGGAGAUUAUGGACCAUGGUCAGACUGUGAUCCUUGUGUUAAAAAACAGUUUAAAGUUAGAUCCAUCAUACGCCCCCAACAGUUUGGAGGACAACCAUGUACUGAGCCACUGGCAACUUCACAAGCCUGCCUUCCGUCUAAGUACUGCAAAAUUGAAGUGGUCAACUGCAAGAAUAAAUUCCGUUGUGACAGCGGUCGCUGUAUUGCCAGCAAGUUAGAAUGCAAUGGAGAAAAUGACUGUGGAGACAAUUCAGAUGAAAGAAAUUGUGGGGUAAAAAAGAGAGUAUGCUCUCGGACGUACAAUCCCAUCCCGAGUGUACACUUGACAGGCAAUGGAUUUCAUUACUUAGCAGGAGAGCCCAGAGGAGAAGUUCUUGAUAACUCUUUCACUGGAGGAAUAUGUAAAACUGUCAAAAGCAGUAGAGCAUCUAAUCCAUACCGGGUUCCAGCCAAUCUGGAAAAUGUCAACUUCGAGGUACAAACCAAAGAAGAUGACUUGGAAGCAGAUUUCUAUGAGGACUUAGUUUCUUUUGAAACGAGAGAUAAUCAAAACAUGCAUGCUGAUGAAGGACACAAUAGCUUUUUUUAUAUACCCAUUUUGUUUUUUGGGAUGUUUUCAAAUAGCAAAUCCCGUAGUUCUAACUUCAAACAAGCCAUUCAAGCCUCCCACAAAAAGGAUUCUAAUUUUAUUAGGAUCCAUAAGGUGAUCAAAACAUUAAAUUUCACCAUGAAAACUAAGGACCUGCAGCUCUCUGAUGUCUUUUUAAAAGCGCUUAACCAUCUGCCCCUGGAAUAUAACUCUGCUUUAUACAGCCGGAUAUUUGAUGACUUCGGGACUCACUAUUUCACUUCUGGCUCCUUGGGGGGAGUAUAUGACCUCCUCUAUCAGUUUAGCCGAGAGGAAAUAAAGAAUUCAGGUUUAACAACGGAAGAAGCCCGACAUUGUGUCUGUGUUGAACACACAAGUGGCUUUUUUAUUUUUAAAAGCACACACAGGGAACACCAUUGUACUGCUAACAAGAUGUCAGAGAAAUACGAAGGUUCAUUUCUGAAGGGAGUAGAGAAAUCGAUAUCGCUGGUGCAAGGUGGUAGAAGUGAAUAUUCAGCAGCUCUGGCAUGGGAAAAAGGGAGCUCUGGCCCAGAUAAAAAGAUAUUUUCCGAGUGGUUAGAAUCAGUAAAGGAAAAUCCUGUCGUGAUUGACUUUGAGCUUGCUCCCAUCACAAACCUGGUAAGAAACAUCCCCUGUGCUGUGACAAAACGGAACAACCUGAGGAAAGCUUUUCAAGAAUAUGCAGCCAAGUUUGACCCUUGCCAGUGUGCUCCAUGCCCUAACAAUGGCCGCCCCACACUCUCGGGCACCGAAUGUUUGUGUGUGUGUCAGAGUGGCACCUAUGGUGAGAACUGUGAACUACGUUCCCCAGAUUAUAAAUCUGAUGCAAUUGAUGGGAACUGGGGCUGCUGGACUUCCUGGAGUACAUGUGAUGCUACUUACAAGCGAUCAAGGACCCGGGAAUGCAACAACCCUGCCCCCCAACAAGGAGGAAAACCCUGUGAAGGGGAUCAGCACCAAGAGGAGGACUGUACUUUUUCAAUAAUGGAGAACAAUGGACAACCAUGUAUCAAUGAUGAUGAAGAAGUGAAAGAAGUGGACCUUCCUGAGACAGAAUCAGAUUCAGGUUGUCUUCCGCCAGCUCUUCCAGAAAAUGGAUUUAUCUGGGAUGGAAAAAAGCUGUACUCUGUUGGGGAGGAUGUUGAAAUCUCAUGCCUUACAGGAUUCAAAGCUAUUGGAUACCAGUUCUACAGAUGCUUACCAGACAGGACCUGGAGACGAGGAGAUGUGGAAUGCCGACGGACAGAGUGCCUCAAGCCAGUUUUGGAGGACACUGUAACAAUUUCACCAUAUCGAAGACUGUAUAAAAUCGGUGAAUCUAUUGAACUGUCCUGCCCUAAAGGCUUUGCCGUUGCUGGGCCUUCAAGCUACAAAUGCAGUGGGGAUUCCUGGACACCACCCAUUUUAGACUCACUUACCUGUGAAGAAGAUAUUCUGACAAAAAUGAGGGGCCAUUGUCAACCAGGACAGAAACAGUCAGGAUCUGAAUGCAUCUGCAUGUCUCCUGAAGAAGACUGUGGCCAUUACUCAGAGGAUCUCUGUGUGUUUGAUGCAGACACCAGUCGUUAUUUUACUUUACCAGCUUGUAAUUUUUUGGCUGAAAAAUGUUCAACUAAUCGGCAACUCCAUUUUCUACAAACUGAUUCCUGCCAAGAUGGUCCCCAGUUAGACUGGGGUCUUGAAAGGACAAAACUUUCAUCCAAUAGCACCAGGAAAGAACCCUGUGGCUAUGACACUUGCUAUGACUGGGAAACAUGUUCAGCCUCCACUUCCAAAUGUGUCUGCCUAUUACCCGUCAAGUGCGUUAAGGGUGGAGAAAAUCUCUACUGUGUUAAAAUGGGAUCAUCAGCGAGUAAGAAAACAGUGAACAUCUGUGAAAUAGGAGCUGUAAAAUGUGCCAACAGAAAAGUGGAAAUACUGCAUGCUGGGAGGUGUUUGGCCUAACACAAUCACUGGUAAACAGAUUUACUGUCCAAAAAUAACCCCUACAAAAGAGAACGUUUGUACAAACAGCAGACUGGCACAGCCACAUACGUUCUGAUGUGCUCAUUUCAUAUGAUGAUUUCCCUUGCCUCUCCUGUCUCAGACUCCUCUAUCUACUUCCAGUUUACAACACUGUCGCAUACUGUUAGGUCACAGUCACACUAACCUAGUAAAUUCCUUGUUCAAGUUGUACUGAAAUGAUGGGACUUCUGAGAAGUUUAGGAAGCCUACACUGUUAAAUAGCCUCAC